GAUUUCUGUGUUCGUUUGGUUUGUCGUGCAAGAAGCAAAGGAUUACUAAAUUUUAUGACCAUAGCUUACACAAAUUUAAAUCCUCGUCUGUUCUUUCUACAAGGUAAUUUACUGGUAUCCCAGUGCAGCAGGAGUUUGGCAUCAUGGGAAAACAGAAUAGUAAGCUGAAACCAGAGAUUCUGGCAGACCUACGGAGUCAGACAGAAUUCAGUGAAGACGAACUACAAGAAUGGUACAAAGGUUUCAUUAAAGACUGUCCCAGUGGCCAUUUAUCGGUGGAGGAAUUCAAGAAAAUCUAUGGAAAUUUCUUCCCUUAUGGUGAUGCAUCGAAAUUUGCUGAACAUGUAUUUCGGACCUUUGACCAGAACGGUGAUGGAACGAUAGACUUCCGAGAAUUUAUAUGUGCUUUAAGUGUAACAUCGAGAGGAAAAUUAGAACAGAAAUUACGAUGGGCUUUUAGCAUGUAUGAUUUGGAUGGAAAUGGAUUCAUUUCAAAACAAGAGAUGUUAGAAAUUGUGACGGCCAUUUACAAAAUGGUAGGAACAGUUAUGAAGAUGCCGGAGGACGAAGCCACACCUGAGAAAAGGACAGAAAAGAUUUUUCGACAGAUGGACAAGAAUCUUGACGGACAGCUGUCAUUGACAGAAUUUAUUGAAGGAGCAAAAAGCGACCCUUCCAUUGUUCGUCUUUUACAGUGUGAUCCUAGUUCACAAGGAUGAGUUGAGGACGACCCACUUAAAAUAACAUUUUUCUUCUUGUAAAUACCAAGUUGGACUAACAUGCUCCGUAACAAUUCUUUUUUCAUCCAUGAAUUAUUUAUAUAUAUAUAUAUAUACAUACAUGAUUGUAUACUUAUUUUUGUUUGUAUAUGAUAUCUUUAUUUGGAUACAUAUAUGUAUUUGAUGUAUGAUAUUUCUGCCAAGUUGUUUCCCUUUUUUGAUGUAAAUUUAUUUUUCUGAUUGAUGUAUGUAAGUUUCAGAUAGCUCAGAAAAAGCAUAAAUAGCUGGGAAUAGGUUUAAUUUUCUUGUUAAUAUAAUGAAUUAUUCAUUCUUAACUGUGCAUUCUUUUCAUGCUAGUUUGAUAGGACUCCAACAUGGUUUGUAACUUGAGUGAAAGGCAUUUGUGGAAAAGAUAUGGUUUAAAUUACUUAGUUGUCUUGGUUACAGAAUACCUCAAUUUUUCUCCUAAAAUAAACCUGGGUUUUGAAGAAAGAUACAUUUUAUACAUGUUGACAGAAAUUAAAAGAAACAUAAGAGGCAAUAAUUAUUUUGUUCUUGAAAUCUUGAAAUGUGAAGAAUAGACUGUUACAGUGAUUUAUAUAGAACUACAUGUACAUGUAUUCACAAAUGACAAAGUAACUUUUUUUAAUUCACACACUUAAAAGAUUCAUGUAGAUGCACAGUUCUGUAGUCAAUUACCAGGUAAAGCCCCCUCCCCCCCCUUAAAACAAGAACUAAAUAGAAUAAGGUUUUUAAUAAUUCAAAGUCAUGUUUGUAUAUUCUGAGAGGGUCCGUAGUCUGAUGUUAAAGUUUCCCUUUUGUUGUGAUAUUGUUUAUUGUUGCACAAACUAUUUAUUGUUAUAUUUCACCAAUGGUUUAUUUGAAGUCAGUUGCAUAUUAUGUGAUAUUUUUCAGCUGUUUUUUUUUUCUUUUCAAUAAUCUGACUAACAUAAUUACAUUUUGGGGACCAUUUUAAUCUUAGUUUCUCAGAGAGAAAUGAAACAUGAAGUUCUUAAAAAAUUAUUUUUUUUGUUGAAAAUUUCAUUUAUAAGAAGAUUGAAUUCAAUUGUUCAGCCCAUCUUUCAGUUUGUAUGUGUACUGAACUUCUUUGAGCUGUCAGUCUGUGUACAUCGGAAGAUACAUGCCAACAUUUCUUUUUCUAGACUUCAUUAAACUUUCAGUUUGUUACAGUUUUAAAAAGAGUGUGCAUUUUCCCCCACCUAAAUGUCACUGGGAGAAGUUUUCAUAAAAUUUGAACUUAAUUAAUUAGACAGAUAUUUAUUAAUCAGUUUCAUCUUCGCAUCUCUAUAAAAUGUGUUAGACCACCACCCAACCUCAUGACAUGUACAUGAUUUCAUCACUGUGUGUUUUUCCCCUCAGUUUUAUUUUUUUUUAAAUAAUACUCCAGGUUAUAUAACCUAUCGUUACUUCAUCUGUAAAUUCCCUGGUGGUUAGAGCAUAUUACUGCUUGUCACUGCUUCUUGAUCAUUACCUAAAAAUAAAUACUGUAGGAAUGCUAGAACUAAAACACGAAUUUUUCUACAUUCAUUUGUGCAUGUUUAUAUGGGAUACAAAUUUGACUAUACAUGUAUUAUUGAGUGUAACAUUAACAUCUAGAAUGAUAACUUUUUUGUAGUUUAUGGUAGAUUUUGAUAGGUUUCUCAUCGUAUCAUCUUCCCAAAAAGGUUGUUAGAAUUGGUCGUGUCAAGUGUUAACACAGCAGUAAUCUCCUGAUAGUCACACUUUGUGUAUGUAGGGAGAAAAGGUGAUCGAGACAUCUUCAGGAUAUACAACAUUGUAUGUUUAAAAAAAUAAAACAAAAACAAAAAAAAAACUAGACAGACAUUCUUCGUACAUCUCAUAAGGAAUGAAUUUUCCAUGACCAGAAUGAAUAUUGAGAAUACAUAUUAAUAUUUUACUAAAUUUAUAAUGCACUUUCUACUUGAGUCCCACAUUUCCUCUUCUUAUUCAUUCUUUCUAGUCACCUAACACUUUUUUGUAGGUUUAGAAACUUUGAUUUACCAAGUAUGAACAAAAACAUUACACAUUUUCUUAAUGUGAUUUUGUCAUGAUGUUUAAUCAAUAAAUGUACAAUAUAUUUCUGACAUUGCUUGAUAAUUGUUCAUCUUUAGUGAUAUAAGGUUGAAAUCUUGGAAGUGCCACCAAUUAUUAGCAAGACUCCUUCAAUUUGUGUAGGUUUUAACAUUAUUUACCGAAUAAAUGUAUGAUACCCGAUAACUUAAACGCACAGAGAACCAACUAAUGACCACGGAAAGAUUCUUAGCUCAAGAUAUAGAAACCUUUAAACACCUAAUCAUAAAUAUUUAGUGUCUAAAAUCGUGUAGCAUUAUGUCUACUAUGUAAAGUUCUAGAGUGAUAAAGUUUGAUUUUUUAAAAUAGUUUUUUUGGUUGCUUUAGACCUUCACUUUAUUGAUCUCGUGUAGUGAAUGAGAUAAUGCAGUUUUAUGGCAAAUUGUCUUUUUUAUGCAUUUUUUUUUCAUAUAAAAUCCAAGAAUCACCAUUUACUAGUGUAGUGUGUUGAAGAUUCUUUUGGUAGCUAGCUUUGAAGUAAUGUGCAUGCUACCCUUUAGUGCAUUUAAAAAAAAAUAAGUAACAAGUUGUAUUGACUUGAAAUUAAAACAUAAAAUUUAAGCAAAACAUAUUCCUUUUUUUAUAUUUUUCAGUCAUUGUAAAAUGAAUGCAGAAAGUCUGUUCAGUACAUGAAGGUUGCUGUUUUUAUUUUCCUUAACUGGUUUUGAAUACAGUGCUUGUAUGAUGUUAUGACUAGACUAACUCAAAUUUUACAUGUAACAUGGGUGUGACUUUGUACAUAGAAAUAUAUAGCUGUGUGUCAUAUGAUCACAUUGAUUUAUUUGUCAUUUGAGUGGAAUCUUUUAUGACAAUAAAUCAUUUUUCUCCUC